AUGACAGUCCGCAUAUGUUCACACCGACGAUUAUUAUUACCAAUGCAGAGUGAUGUUUUAAACGAACAACAACAAUUAUCGAACGAUACUGAUUGUUCAUCUUCGUUGUCAACAACUACUGCAGCAACAUUAAUUUAUUCUGGUUUAAAAUUGCAUCCAAAACCACUUCUACCUACAAUAUCAAUGCCCGGCGUGGCAAGUCCAUUGUCAAUUGUUAAAAAAUUAUCAAUUCCUGAUUCACAUCUAGAUAAUACAAAUAAUAAUGUUAGACAUGCAUCAUCAUCAAAUUUAACAACAACAACGACAACAACAACUCCAUCAUCUAUUCGUCUUGUUACCUCAACUGGUAAAUCAUCACCACCAACAAAUUUACAAUUUCAAUUAACUGAUAAAUCAUCGUCAUCAUCAUCAUCAACAACAAAUGGAGGUUUUUCAACAUCAAAAACAUAUAUAUUAAAUCCUCAACAGAGCAGUACAACAACAGUAAAUAAACAGCAAAUACUAACGAAUUCUUCAUCGUCAUCGUCUGUAUUAACAUUAAUACCACCGGGAACAACAUCACCUAAAAUUCAAACAUUAAAUAGUGUAACAAUCUCUUCAACAAAUGAUAUGUCAACAUCAACAACUGAUAAAUUAUUAUCAACAAAUACGAAUCAAUCGGUUUUUUUAUCGAAAAAUCGUGUUACGCUUGUACAACCAAUAAUAACAAAUACAAAUUCAUCGUCAUCAUCAACGAAUUCGUUGAAUAAUACUAAACAAACGAAUAAUGUAACACCUAAAUUAGUUAUUCAACAAAGUACAAAUUCAUCAACAACGUCUAAUAAUUUCUGGCAGCAACAACAACCUCAAGCAACUAAAAUUUUUUCGAUACCACCGUCUUCUAUUCUACCGACAGCUAAAAUGCUUUCGAGACCAGUUCAAUUAAUACCGACUUCACUAUCUUCUUCCGAACAGCUUCAUCAUCAACAUCAACAUCAUCAUCCUCAUUCGACACAUAUAACUCAUGUAAAAAAUGAGAAAAGUGAUAAUUCAAAUUCAUAUCCAAUCAGUAUGCAUUUUGGCCUAUCAUCUCCGACAACAAAUGAAAAUCCUAUAACACCAUUAAAUGUUCAAGUUCCACAUCAACAUUCGUAUGCAACAAAAAAUUUUGAUACUUCUGGACAUCAAGCUUAUAUUCAUAUGCAAUUAUUACCAUCAACAUCAAAUACAGAAUCAAUAAAUUCCUCUCAACAAUCACUUCAAUUUACACUUCCAACAACUCACAUAUAUUCAUCGUCACCAUCAUCUGUUCUCAUAUCAACAACACAACGUUCAAUGGAUCAUAAUAAUAAUCAUCAAUCGACAACAACAACAAUAACAACACCAAUUAUUCGUGAAAUGCAAACCGAUGAAAAAUUAAUUGAUUCACCGACAAAUAAAAACUUUCAUCCUAAUAAGAUUUCAACUAAAAAUCGAACACGACUUCCAUUACAGCCAUCAACACAACAAGCUUCAUCAACUUUAGCAACAAUGCCAACAACAAUUACCGCAUCAUCUUCACCACCAACAACAAUACGAACGCCAAAAAAACAUAAAUUAAUUGAGGAUGAACAAAUAAAUUCUGGUGAACCACCUAAUAAAUUACCUCAUUAUGAACAGUUAGAUUCAUCGAUAAACAUAAAAAAACUUACUAAUGCUCGUAAUCGUCCAAUAUCAAAAUUUUCUAUUGAAAAUACAACACCAACGACUCCAUUGAUAUCAACGAUUAGUGUUGAUACAAGUGGAAUAUCAAAAAAACGUCAUUCAACUGAAACAUCUAGUCCUACAAUAUCAUCACGAAAACGCAGAACAAUCACAAAAGUAAAUCAAGAAAUAAUAUCAAAUGAAAAUAUUAAGCAAGAACCAAUAGCCGAUCAUUUGAAUGGAUCAUCUUCUGAUAUUAUUAUUGACCAAAUUGAUGAUGAACUUCUUAGAAGACUUUCGCAAGACUUUGUUUAUAUUGAUAAAAAAACCGGUAUUCGUUGGAUUGGUACAAAAAGUCGUCCGAAAACGAUGAAUACACUUGUAUCUCGUUUUUCAUGGAAACCUAAAAUAAAUCAUUAUGAAAAAUAUUCAGAUAUUAUUCGAACGAAUGCUAAAAGAACUGUACCUGUAAAAAGUCUUGAAAUUAUACAAAAGAAAAUAAAUCAACCAUGGGCAUCAUGGCACAUUGAUCGACUAACAACCUAUCUAUCUGAUCUGACACAAGAGGAAGAAAUAACACAAAAUCAAUUGUCAGAUAUGAUUCAAUCAAUAGAUAUUGAUGAUGAAUCAAUACGAACUACAAUUGAUGAUUUAGUACAAGCUAAUAUCCAACGACAUCGCUGUUUUUGUGAACAAUUAACACAAAUAUCCAGUUUACUUGUUAAUUUAUUUGAUCAUGGAAAUACCUUACGAGAUGUUUGUUCUGUAUCGAAAACUUCGACAACAAAACGGACUAAAGAACGAUAG